AUGGUUGGCGAAAGGCGUAAAGAAGCUGAGCGCUUGGCACGUGAACGCGAGGAGCUUCGGCGGCAGCAAGAGCAACUUCGUUUCGAACAGGAAAAGAGAAACAGCCUGAAAAGGGGACGUGAGGUGGAACACAGUCGACGGGAUGAUACUUACUGGACCGGCAACAAAAAGAUGCAGCUCGAGUCUGAGGUCCAUUUGAACCAAGGCACCAGUUACAACCGGCAGCAGAAUCGCUUCUCAAACGUGAAUCCUCGUGAAAGAGGUCGUUUUCCUGACGCUGGAACUCAACAAUCAACUGCGUAUGACCGGCACAACAGGUUUGAAGGUGCACCUGAGGCUAAGAAGAGUCGCCCAGCUCCUCCCAGAGAGGCCUCAAGCUUUGACAGAUACCCCAAGAACUUUGACACAGUUCGCAGACCCGAGCCCCCUCCUGACAUUGAACGCAGGGAGAGUGACGAGAGACGCCCAGCACCCAUGCACAAUCGCCCCGUGACCGCAAGGCCUGCAGUGCCUGCCAUGUCUCACAACCGCCCACCAAGAGACGGGGGGCACGGAUGGAAGAACGAUGGAGGAAUGAACGCCAGCAAGGGAGACAUGCGAGGAACAAUGCGCCAGCGUACAGAGCGGCCAGCCAGAGAGGAUCUCAGGGAGGCCCCUCCGGUGAACCGUGGGAGGAGCAGCUUUAUCGAACGAGAUGAAAGGAGACCCGUGACGAUGAACGAUCAGCCGUUCAGUUCUGGCCGUCAGGUUGUGGUGGAGCGUCCUGCCAGGGAGCAAGGACUGAGGAAGGAGUGGCACGGAGGCUCCAGCUCUCAGGGAGGGGUCUUUAACAGUCGCAGGAUGGGAGACAGCCGGGGCAGCAUGAUGGCUCCUUCCAGUCACUCGACGUCAGGACUGAGCCGAAUUGUUCAGAUCACCAACAGCUCGCUGCCCACCAGCGGCACGAUGAGUGGAUUCAAAUCCUUCAAGGGAACAGCACGGCCGUUCUAACAGCAACGGACUCCUUCCACUUUGAAGCAUCAACAAUUUCAAAGCUUUUGUUUUUGGUUAAAGCGUCGCCAGUUUUGGUCGGCUCAACCGCAACCUUGAGGAUAACGCUAUUUUGUGUAUAAAGUGUUUACCUCAGUGUAGGGUUUUCCUGACAGUUCUGCUGUUACUAAACAACCCUGUUCACACGUUUUAAUAUUUAGAAAAGCUUUGUACAGCCCGUAGUCCUUGUAACACGUUUUCAAGUGAGAUGGUUUCUCUUUUUGUUCUUUUUUCAAUAGUGUAGUGUCACUCAGUUUUCCUCCGUAGCGUCUUCCUUUAACGUAUUACAGAACUCAAAAUGACCAGGAGUUUUGAUUUUUCUUAAUUUUGCUUUUUACUUACGAAUACGUUUUAUUUUGUAAAGAAUUGUCAACUUGCUUAAAAGUGAAGAAAGUGCUCGCCACAGCAGCAGAUGACGUUUCAUCAGACUCCAACUGAACUGCGUCGCUGGAAUAAAACCUUGAUUCUGUAACGGGGAAUCUGUUCAACUUUGUUCUCAAUUAUUUUAUUCAGUCUGUUAAUCUGAUCCAUGUUCAAGUAGCUGUUGGUUCUCUGGUCCGAUAACGUCCAAAUUCAACUUUAGGAUUUCAGCAUGUAAAAGGUUUAAAGGAAUAUGAAAGUUAUUCCGUGGACUCUAGUGUAGUGGACAUUGUCAGCUAAAAGGUUUAACGUCUGUCAUUUCAGUGUAUCCAGUUCAAAAUGUUGGAGACUUGAUGGUUUGAGUUGGACCAGCCAAUGGACUGUCCCACUUAUACUUGUUUUGUAGUUUUACCCACAUGUUGCAUUUGGUUGAUGAAGCUUAAUUAAACUAAA